GCAGUCUGAACGCCAGUUCUUCCUAGUUUCCUAAGCGGCGUCAAGAGGACAUAACCAGCCAAAAUGAUCGGUAAAAUGAUCGGCCAGAAGUAUAUGUCCAUGGCCAAGACAUGGGUCCCAACACUGGCUGUCUGGGGCACAGUCGGAGGUGUAGCUCUGGUCCACUUCACAGACUGGCGAUUGGUUUUGGAUUACGUUCCCUACAUCAGCGGCAAAUUCAAGAAGAACGAAUAGUGUCAGUCAGGUCGUGUUGGAUUAUUUUUGCGCACACACUGAAAUAAUAAACCAGAACUGCUGCAGCCGGUACUUUGCAUUGUAGUUCAACUGCGUGCCAGGUCACCGGAGCCUGCCUUCAUCUUCAUCCUGCAGCUCAGUCAACAUCGAACUGUUCACCAUCAACAUCCUCUGAAAUGCUCUGCGGUUUGCCAUUUCCUAAGUCCUCAACCAGUGACAACAUGAAUGGAAGGAAUGUAACAGAUGACUCAUGGACUUUUGUUUUCUUGUCCUGCUUAGUUUGAGGUCGGGUAUUUAUUUAAUCAUCAGUCACCUGAGUGCUGUGAAUCAAACCUGAUUCACAAUUGGAAAAAUCUGUUCUUAAUGUCAUUCUGUGAUUGUUUUGAAGAGAAGUAAAGUAUGUGAGAUUUAUCCUACAA